AAGGCUUUCAUAACCUAAAAUGACAAAAACCCAGACCAUAGGGCUUGUCCUCCCGUUUUAUCUGUCCUCUCUAAAAAGCCAUUUUGUGGAAGUGUGGCACAACAAUGAAAACAUCUUUUUUUCCUUACAAACUUAUUGUGUGUAGAUUUCUGGAUCUGGCUCCCCUCUGACACACAACUACCCAUCUAACCCUUUGCUGUCUCUCUCACACACUAACACACGCAAUGCUUUUAACAUAAUUCAGCCCAUUGUUUGUAUCUGAACCAGACCCCCAUCCCCCCAGUCAAAUAAACAAAGAAGCGAAAGCUGCUGUAUUCCCUAAGCGAGCCAGGUGUUUUCCACUGCCAGCCUGCUCCCUAAUGACUAAGGCCUCGUGCUGCAGCUGCCUGCUAAGGCCUCUUUUGUGUGGCUCCAUUGUUGACCGCGCACCCCUCGUCUAUUCAUGAACCGCGUGGGGGAAGACCUUUUGGACAGCCACUAGCUUAUCCCCACACUCCCUUAGAAUAUCAAAUGUGUGUGUGCAUCAGAGAAAUCGAGUGAGAGUGUGUUUCAGUAUUUACACUCAAUUGUGAGCACUUUGCACUCUUAUUGGUCCAUGCACAGCUACUGGCCUAUCGGGGAAUGGUAGACAUUGUAGCUCCAUCUGCUCAAGCUCUCAUUGUCUUCUGACGGAACACAAUCUAUGGCACAGAGUAUUACUUCUUCAAGCUUGGAUUUAACUACUUAAAUACUACUUGGUUUCUGCUUCUUGGUUUUGAGUUGUAGUAAAACAAGGAAAAUAUAUAUUUUGUGUUAACCAGUGCUGUACUGAGAAGAGGUAUUUUAAUUAACCACAAGAACUUUUGGGUUGGAUAUUCCAGGAUUUAUGGUUUACCUAGGAAAGGCAAUCUGAGGGCUGAAUAACAGGUGUCAGGGGUCAGCAAGACUCUCAGUCAGAACAGCGUUGGAUGUUUGUUGCAGAUUCAUGGGCCUGAAAGACCAUCUGGAUGAUGGAACAGGCCACAUCCUCGAACUGGGGCUGGAUAUAGACUACCUUGAUGUCAAGGCUACAGACCAGAACACUGGCGCAGACGCUGGACUUAUCAUGGACAAUGGUUUAUCUGACAUGGGUGACAUUGUUGCCCCCUGCUCUAGGAGCUGCGGUUCUUCUCUACAAGAUGACUCAGAGGAAAGUGCGGGGUCAGACAGUGAGCCUGCACAUAGCCACAGUCAUCCUCUUGUUGAUAUGCUUGGUGAAGGGUCCAUCCAUUCAGUCCACCCACCACACUGUAAGUCUCCAUGUCUGGAUAUGGAUUCACUAGUUCUGGAUAUAGUACACCAAGAGCCAGGCCCUGUGGAUACACUCAGGGAAUACCAGACAAAGAUGGAGUUUGCCCUUAAACUUGGCUAUGCAGAAGACUUAGUUCGGCUGGUUCUAAACAAGCUCGGGUCAGAUGCACUGAUCAAUGAUGUUCUUGGGGAGCUGGUAAAACUGGGCAGUAAGCCAGAGAAUGAGGGUGGGACACAGACUCUCUCCCAAUCCACUUCCACAUCAUCAUCAUCCUCUGGCACAUCUUUUGGCAGUUUCUCUGACUCACUUGACUCUCGCCGGUCAGAGUCUCCCUUUGUGGAAGAAAAGGAUAAUUUCCGCCCAAUUGUUAUUGAUGGCAGCAAUGUGGCCAUGAGCCAUGGCAAUAAGGAGAUGUUCUCCUGUCAAGGCAUUCAGCUCGCAGUUGACUGGUUUCUUGAACAUGGCCAUCGAGACAUAACCGUUUUUGUUCCGGCCUGGAGGAAAGAACAGUCCCGUCCUGAUGCUCUUAUCACAGAUCAAGAGAUUUUGAGACGUCUGGAAAAGGAUAAGAUUCUUGUAUUUACACCAUCACGUCGUGUCCAGGGCCGCAGAGUAGUCUGCUAUGAUGACAGGUUUAUUGUUAAGCUAGCUUAUGAAUCAGAUGGCAUUAUUGUCUCCAAUGACAACUACAGAGACUUGGCUGUUGAGAAACCGGAAUGGAAAAAAUUUAUUGAUGAACGCCUUCUGAUGUACUCCUUUGUAAAUGAUAAGUUUAUGCCUCCUGAUGAUCCUUUGGGUCGACAUGGGCCAAGUCUGGAGAAUUUUCUUAGAAAAAGACCCAUCAUUCCAGAGCAUAAGAAACAGCCCUGUCCAUAUGGAAAGAAAUGUACCUACGGGCACAAGUGUAAGUUUUACCAUCCAGAGCGUGGUACACAGCCACAGCGAGCGGUAGCAGAUGAGCUCCGUGCCAGUGCCAAGAACUCCACAGUUAAAAGUUUGGGAGAGACCGGUCUCGUGAAAAGCCACAGUGAGCCUGGAGGCUUCCGUAAUGAUAAAGCUGGUGACGGUAAACGAUCUCUGCCAAAGAGGCAACUGGACCCCAGUAUCCGUGCCCACUCUUACAGUGAUGUGGAAGAUAAACUGUGUACCAAAACUAAAGCAGACAUGUAUAAGAGCAACCUAGCUCUUCCUCCAGCUCCAGGAGGUCCUCCUUCCUGUCAUGGGUAUAGCCAAGACCUGAAAGAUCACAAGCAGAUUCAAGCAGAACCACACGCAAACUGUGAAUCUCCCGAUCUGUAUUACUCCAUGGUUAGGGCAUAUUCUGGCCUAAGCCUGCCCUCUCAGAACAGUCCAGAUCGUCACUUCCUGUCUGAUGCUGAUCCACGGACAAGCUCAGUGGCAUCAGAUUGCAGCAGUGAUGGCAGCAUGAGCUCCGAUUCUUAUGGCAUGGCAACCCACAAUGAGCAUUCUUGCAUGAGUUCUUCUGAUUUGCUACUGGAUGAAGGAAUCAAGUGUCCUCACCACCAACAUCAUCGUAGAAAUUAUCAGUUACCCUGUGUUAUUCCUCCAGGGUUCAUUCUCUCUCCUGCUACAUCUAAUCACCCAGGAUUCCACCACAGCAUACCUCAUGUUCAUAGUUUUGCUCCAGAAGACCAGCAAGACCCCCAUUUCCAGCACUCUGUCUCCUACAUGUCUCCACAAAGCAAGCAUCAAGUGAUAGGCUCCCGCUCAAGCUAUCCUGGAGACUAUUCUCCUCUCUUCCAGAGCAACACUCACUCCCAGAAGUCUCCUCUGGGUCGUGGCCUUGCUUCAACACGUGUGGACAGCGUGUCAGACUCUUAUGAACACUCUCCACUGCUUCCUAGAAAACCCUAUGUAUCCCAAGAGCGAAAGACCAGCUGGGAUACAUAUUACAGACAGCACUCACAACAAUGCUACGAGCCCAUCGGUUUCCAGGAUCUUUCAAAGAAUCGUGAACAGAUGUGGAGGAUGCCCUGGGGCUGUCCUUCUGCUCCUCCACCCCACCAUCUGCCCCAUGCUUUAUCACACCAGCACCAGGAGACACUUGCCUUGAGUCGUUACCAGGAAGUACGAGAGAAAGUGUUUACCAACCUGUGCAACAUUUUUCCCACAGAGCUAGUGCAGUUGGUCAUGGGGCGGUACCCUCAUGUGACUGACGCCCAACAGCUGGCAGCAGCCAUUUUGGCAGAAAAGAACUAUGCUGGAUACUAAGUGCUGAUGGAAAUGAAAAUACUCUCAUCAUUUACUCACACUCACAUUUUCACAAAUGUGUGAGUUUCUUUCUUCAGAUGAACACAAACAGAGAAUUAUUAUUAUUUUUAUAACUUUUUUUUUUAUAUAAAUCUCUGGGGAGACCAUAAAUACACUCACCUAAAGGAUUAUUAGGAACACCAUACUAAUACUGUGUUUGACCCCCUUUCGCCUUCAGAACUGCCUUAAUUCUACGUGGCAUUGAUUCAACAAGGUGCUGAAAGCAUUCUUUAGAAAUGUUGGCCCGUAUUGAUAGGAUAGCAUCUUGUAGUUGAUGGAGAUUUGUGGGAUGCACAUCCAGGGCACGAAGCUCCCGUUCCACCACAUCCCAAAGAUGCUCUAUUGGGCUGAGAUCUGGUGACUGUGGGGGCCAUUUUAGUACAGUGAACUCAUUGUCAUGUUCA